CUUCGGAUUCUAGUCGGUCAUUCGGGCGCAUGAUGGCGCUGUAAACUGAUCCUCUCAUCCGGGGCAUGAGGCGGAUGAAGGCGCCGACAUAAACACUCUUAAAUGCUCGCGUUAACUUAUGCAGAAUUAUUAUCUAAAAUAAUAACACACUGAUGCGUUUUAGUAUUUCACGCAGCUGCUAGUUCAACCGGUGGGAGAACAACUCAUGAUGCAGGCGGCAGAGGACGUGCAGUCCUCUCUAGCGAAGCGCGUCGAGUCGAUGGUAGUGAGUGAGCAGGACAAACCUGCAGAAAAGGAGGAAGUAGAAGAUAAAGAAAGCGGCGAGGAGAAAACUGAAACGGCAGAGGAUACUAAAACAGAGGAUGGCACAAAGGGAGGCAAAGAAUCCAUGGAAGUAGAGGAGCAGAAAGAGGGAUUGACCACGGAUGGAGAAAUGAAUGGAGGUGGAGAAGGAGACCACCAGCAGGCGGAGGACUGGGAGAUCCCCUACAGCGACGAGGAGAUGGAGGACCCUAAGAACUGGAUGCCUCCACCAGAGGAGAUCAAACGGCUAUAUGAGCUCCUGGCUAAAGGAGAAAUGCUUGAGUUGAAGUGGGUCCCUCUUCCACGCCGACCUCCCACCCCUCCACGCACUCCCUCACCUGAGGGAGAUGGAGAAGACUCACAAGAGACUAAAGAGGAGGAGAGUGAGCGCAAGGCCCUCACACCAACCGAGUUUGAUUUUGACGAGGAGCAAUCUUCUGUGACUCCUAAGAAUGCUUUUCUCAAUCGGCGCAGAACACCAGGUUCUUCAGCCCGCUCUUCAGUCAAACGUGAGGCUCGGCUAGACAAAGUGCUGUCAGACAUGAAGCGUCACAGAAAAAUUGAGGAGCACAUUCUAAGGACAGGUCGAGACCUUUUUAAAAGUGAUAAACCACGGCCAGGGCCUGCCACAGAGCAGGCCUUAUCACCAAACAGUCAGAGGGAGCGGGAAAAAGAAAGGGAGCGGGACAGUGACCCCAGCACUGUCUUCAGUCCCAGACAGAGGAGAUACUGAGGGAAAAGGAGAAACAGAUUUCUUGAAAGAACAGCAAUUUUUUUAGGGUUUAUACCCUAAUUUAAAAUUCAUCAUUUUGCAAUUGGACAAUAAGGUGCUACUAUUUUACUGUUGUUGUCUUUUUUAUAUAUAUAUAUAUAUAUAUAUAUAUAUAUAUAUAUAU